AACAACACUCAAUAUUUUAAGUAAGAACCAAUACCGAUGUGUCUUACUAAUAUUUUUGCUAUGAUAAGAAACUGUCCUCAAGUAAUAAAUCGCUUUUACAGACAAGGCGCAAAAAGCCAACCUACUUGAAUAUCUAAUAUCUCGAUAAAGGAACAUUCUUUUCAGCUGAAAUUUUCAGGAUAUUCUAAAGAUGAUUAGAUCUAUCUAUGGGCAAAAAUUCAGUAGAGAGGGCAUAACUCGACUCCGAAGGCCCAUGGGGAAGAACCCUUUUAAGCUUUUGCUAGUCUCACUGAGCUCUACAAAACGGCAUAUGUCCGAUUCAAAACGGAGCGUAACACCUGGGGACCUUCCCUCGUUAGUAAGUACUCUAGAGUAAUUACAUUUGAAAACUAAAAACUCACUAAAAAUUCGAUAUCUUAGUAAUUCUAAGGUAUUUACUUAUUUCCUAUGCCCUAUCUAUUGAAUAUAGUUCCAACUUAAAAGCGAUUUAUUACUUGAGGACAGUUUCUUAUCAUAGCAAAAAUAUUAGUAAGACACAUCGGUAUUGGUUCUUACUUAAAAUAUUGAGUGUUGUUCCGUGAAUAAUAAGAACUAAUCUAGUAACAACUAAGUGCUUUGUUAUAUUAUAAGAAGGAUGUGGCUUUCGGUUCUCACUACAUCCAUCGUUGAAUAUCUCCACAAAAACAAAUUGUAUUGUAUAUUUAGCAUUUCUGAGUGUAAGACAUCACUACAGUUGUUGCAGGUGCAUUUUCGAGAGGUUUCGUAAUUUUAGAAUUCGAACAUGUCUUUUUUAUUGUUAAGAUCAAUUCUAAUAUAUAUCAUUUUUUGUUAUCCUAAGGGUCUCAAUGAUGUAUUAUGUGAAGCUUGUGAAAAACUUGGUUGGAAAAUACCAACAAAAAUUCAAUGUGAAGCGCUACCGGUUGCAUUCCAAAAUCGAGAUAUAAUUGGUUUAGCUGAAACUGGUUCAGGAAAAACAGGUGCAUUUGCAUUACCAAUACUUCAAGCAUUAUUAGCAUCACCACAACGUCUUUUUGCACUUGUUUUAACACCAACACGUGAAUUAGCUUAUCAAAUAAGUGAACAAUUUGAAGCAUUAGGUUCAAGUAUUGGUGUUAAAUGUGCGGUUAUUGUUGGUGGUAUGGAUAUGAUGUCACAAUCGAUAGUAUUAGCUAAAAAACCACAUAUUGUUAUAGCAACACCUGGUCGACUUGUUGAUCAUUUAGAAAAUACCAAAGGUUUUUCACUUCGUUCAAUACGUUAUUUAGUUAUGGAUGAAGCUGAUCGAAUAUUAAAUAUGGAUUUUGAAGUUGAUUUAGAUAAAAUUCUUAAAAUUCUUUCAUCAUCAUCAACACGUUCAACAUAUUUAUAUUCUGCAACAAUGACAAAAAAAGUUGCUAAAUUACAACGUGCUUCAUUACGUGAUCCAGUUAAAGUUGAAGUAUCAGAUAAAUAUUCAACUGUUGAAAAAUUACAACAAUCAUAUUUAUUUAUACCAGCGAAAUAUAAAGAUGUUUAUCUUGUUUCAAUAUUAAAUGACAUGAGUGGAAAAUCGGUUAUUGUUUUUUCUUCAACUUGUACAACAACAUUAAGAUUAGCAUUAUUAACUAGAAAUUUAGGUUUUACAACUGUACCAUUACAUGGACAAAUGAGUCAAACAAAACGUCUUGGUGCAUUAAACAAAUUUAAAGGCAAAGCUCGAUCAAUUCUUAUAGCAACUGAUGUUGCAAGCAGAGGAUUGGAUAUUCCACAUGUUGAUGUUGUUAUUAAUUAUGAUAUUCCAACACAUUCAAAAGAUUAUAUACAUCGUGUUGGUCGAACAGCUCGUGCUGGUCGUAGUGGUAAAUCGAUAACAUUUGUAACACAAUAUGAUAUUGAAUUAUAUCAACGUAUUGAAUAUCUUAUUGGUAAACAAUUAACACAAUAUGUUGCACAUGAAGAUGAAGUUAUGCUUUUAUUAGAACGUGUUAAUGAAGCUGAUCGACAAGCUCGUAUACAAAUAAAAGAAAUUGAUGAUGGAAAAAAAGAUAAUCGACAAAAACGUAAAAGAAAAGAUAAACAAAAUGAUGAUUUAGAUGAAAUGAAAUCAUCAAAUAAAAAACGAAAACAUGAAUAUAAUGAUUCAGAAAAUGGUUUUGGUGUUAAAAAACAUUUGAAGAAGAAAAGAAUAAAUAAAUAA